CUGCUUAGCGAACGGAUCAGUCUGUUUAAAUGUCUAUUUAUGCAUUAUUCUACGAUUACAGAGAAAACGAUUUAGAGGGUGGCUUCUUUCACAGGACCUAAAACACAAUUAAUUUUCUAAACAUUGUAUGUGUUUUGAUCCCAUGAAGAACACAGAACCGUUUUUGAUUUCUGUAUGGAUUUAAUUUUUUUUCCGACCUGCUAUUGAAUAUGUACACACACACACACACACACACACACACACACACACACACACUCACACACACACAAAAAUCCGUAUGGACUAACCAUUUUUGUCAUAAUCUUGGGGUAAAUCAGCCUAUUUUUGGAUGCUUCCCUUUCUGUAUUUCUCUGUUAAACUCUUUCUCUGCCACUCUUUCUGGAUUCGUGAGCGCGAGCGUUGUGACAGAUGGCGAGUCCCUCUUCCCUCGGGAGGGCAAUCUCUCCGAAUGCAGGCGCAUGUCAAUCACCGACCCUCAUGUGAUGGCUUUUACCAGUGACGUGCCAACCAUAUGGCCUGGCAUCAUGGCUGGUAUGUAACCCUGCCUGGUAGUGAUGCCACACUGUCUCGGAUAGCACUCAGAAGCAGAUAACCGCACCUAUAGGAGAGUUCUCCCGUGGUCCCUAAAGAUGGUGUAAACACACGCGCUUUCACCCUUAAAGAGCUCCCGCGGAGUGCCGCCAUGUUGACAAGGUUAUUCAGUGACCCCUCUCUGCUGCCUGAAGUUCAUAAAUUCUCAGGAUGGGUGGAUGAUAGCGGCAGUGAAGACUCCAAGACCAAAGAUGAUGACCAGGAACACUGUCGUUUGGGCUUGGACGAUUUGGAGGAUGGGGACAUUAGAGGAGGGAGCAGUCGUGCACAGUCUGAAAUAGCUGGGGAGGAUGAAGAAGACGAAGAAGUUGAAGAGGAAGAAGGGGGAGAUGAGACUGAAGGAGAUAGACCAAAAAAACGAGGCCCGAAAAAGCGUAAGAUGAAUGAAGCGCAUAUGGAACGCUCUAAGGUGCGCCGUCAAAAAGCCAACGCACGAGAAAGAACACGUAUGCAUGACUUGAACUCAGCAUUAGACAACCUGCGUAAAGUGGUGCCGUGUUACUCCAAAACGCAAAAACUUUCCAAGAUAGAGACCCUCCGUCUAGCAAAGAAUUACAUCUGGGCCUUGUCUGAAAUCCUUCGCAAUGGUAAAAGACCAGAUGUGGUAUCCUAUGUUCAGACUCUGUGCAAAGGCCUUUCUCAACCUACUACAAAUCUAGUAGCUGGUUGUCUGCAGCUCAACUCCCGCAAUUUCUUAACCGAGCACUGCCAGGAAGGGGGGCGCUUCCAUGGACCCAACCCCUCAAUCUCCAUGCACCCCUAUGCUUACCAGUGUUCUCGUCUCUCAAGCCCCCAGUGUCAAUCUGGCUCAAACCCACAUUCUUUAAGAAAUCAUGUGUACUGUUCAGUGUAUGACCCGGGCUACACCGGGAGUGGAUCUCCAGAGUACAACAGUCCAGAUUAUGAAGGACCCCUCAGCCCACCAAUAUGUAUCAAUGGAAAUUUUUCUUUAAAGCAACAGGAGUCAACCUCACCUGAUGCAGAGAAGAGUUAUCACUAUUCUAUGCAUUACUCAGCCCUUCCUACUUCACGACCUGCCACUGCCCACAAUGUUGUGUUCAGCUCUUCAGGAGUGCGCACCGGUGUCCAUUCUGAAAAUGUACUGCCUUAUCACGACAUGCACUUGCACCAUGAAAGGGCACCUGUCUACGAAGAACUGAAUGCCUUUUUCCACAACUGAGUAGCGGACCCCAUUCCCUAUUAUGUGAACAACUGAACCAUUAAACAUAUAUUUUAAAAGAACUGUAA